AUGAACAUAUCAUCAUCGUCUUCAUCAAUGAAUAGAACAAGCGAAUUCCAACCAAAUGCUUCGACACCGACGGGUGCCACGCUGAGACUAACUAUUGAAUAUCGAAUUCGUCCGACACCUUCAGGUCGUUUCAUAGAAGACCUUUCGAUGGAGAAUACCAUUGAUACAAGAGAAGAAAAAAUUGAAUAUCAUUACAUUGAAGAUCGAGAUAAUCUUCAAUAUGCGUCCACAUUAACAAAAGAUCAUUCGGAACAUUUACCACCGAAACAUCUACCAGUCGAACAACAUCCAAAUCUGGAACGCGCACGUAUAUUAUUAACAUCAGAUGCGCCAGCAAGCAAUACCAAUCAAGAUGAUGAAGUUUUAAUACGUGAUACAAUUGUUCAACAUAUAAGCGAAGACGAAAAAUCGACAUCAAGUGAAGAAGUUGUGUUUGAAGAAUGGAGCGAAGAGUUUCGUUGCCGUCGUACCGAAGUGUAUGAUCAGCAAACACAUAAACUGUUGCGUACAACUAUUGAUGAAACAAGUGAACGUGUUAAAAGUGAUGUUAUCAAAGAGGAAUACAAAGAGAAAAACGAACGCAUCAAAGGACAUAAAAGCUAUGACGUUGUCAAAGAAGUUUAUCGACGUGUACCGGCACACACAGUUGAUCCAAACAAGACAACGAUUGUUAGUACUGUUGAUGAUUCUCAAAGUCAUCUUUACGAGGAAAUAGCACCAGGCCCAUCUUCGGUACGACCAACAACUUCAUCAGCCAAUGAUAAAAGAAUAGUUAUUGAACAUAAACCAGGUAACGAUCAAUGGACAUCAGAAGAUAUCUACACAACCGAAAUUGUUUAUGAUACCAAACUUGCUCGAGAUAUUGAAUCCUCGACUCAUCUCGAUCGCUCCAAUGUGCGAUUUGAUUCGAGAACUCCAACUCCAACACCACCACCACCACCAUCAUCAACCAAUUAUGAUCGUGUUCGUAUGGGGCAAUAUCCACCCAUACCAUCUGCAAAUCAAGCGACCAUAUCAACAGUACCAUCAUCAAAUUAUGACCGUAUAUCUAGCAUUGUAACAACUACUACCACACAUUUACCCGAACGACGUCCUACAGAACGUGAAGAACAUGUUAGUGAGGAGUAUGAAGUCGAAUUCGAACGUCGUCACUUAGAUCGACGUUCGCCGUUCAAUCAACAUCAAACAACAAAUAUUGGUACUCGACAAGGACGCGAUGAAACAUCUGAGGAAGAAGUUUCUGAUCCAUAUGUCAUCACUGGUGGUAAUACAUAUUCUGGAUUAACAGCAAUCGUUGACGAAGCUAGCCAACGACGAAACUCAGAUUGGAGACAAAAACUCAAAGAAGUCUAUACACCAACAUCCGACGACGAACGAUUUGACCAGUUUGGAAAACAAAUCAAUGGCAGUUAUGCAGCACAACGUGUUCUCAUUGUUCCAACGAGUAACCAAGAACAAGUAAACCAUUUGGAAAGAAAGGUACCUGCACAAGACAAAGCAUCUCCCCUACUCCGUCAUGUUAUCAAAGAGAUUCUUGUUUGUCGACCUCGAGGAUCAUCAUCAUCAUCACCAGAAAAAGCACUACACCACCAAAUAUCACAUGAUCCUCUAUUGUUGAAUGAGAUAACAGACGAGAAAGAAUCAGCACUAGAUGCUGAUGAUACUGCUCGUUCACGCGAAACAACAAAGAAAGUGAUUUCAGUUGCACGUACCGAUGAUGAACGACCACAACCUCCAAGACGCUCAUCAUCAUCAUCGUCCAUCAUUGACGAUCGCCGAACUCGAUUUGAACAGCAACAACAAUUCGAUAGUUCAAGUGGUUUUAGUACCAAUGUUAGUGAUAAACCUACAUUUGGUCGCGUAGGUGAACUCAAAACUGCAUUUGAAUCGUCCACAACAACAAGUACAAGAGAUGAUAGUUCAAAAUUCCGAUCAACAACAACACCUGGUCUAAUCGAACAACGUCGACGCCUAUUCGAAGAUCAAGAACAAACCAAUAAAGAAUGGUCACCAACAAAUCGUCGACCGGUUGAUGAGUUUUCAUCAAAUGAACGUCGCAUGAGUGAAACUCAUACUGCACCGUCACGUGUUAGUGCGAUUAAAUCAACAUUGGAAUCAUCAACAACUAAACAACCUGAACCUUUGCCCGUGACUCAUACUAAAGUUGAUGUAACAAUCAAAGAGAAACGAACAAUUUCUUCUGUUGAUUCGGAUGGUAGUGGGGCAUCACCACCUAUUCAUCAAAGCACACCAAAAGUAACGAAACAAAGACUAGAUGACGAUGCUGGGCAUGAAAGCGAAGAUGAACUCAGUGAUCUAACAAAUAAACAAGAGCAACAUCGUCGACAAUCGAAAACACGUCUACGAGACUUCUCACAAAGCACUGCUCAAACAGUUGAUUCGACAUAUCUUAAUCAACGAACAAAACCGUCGUUCAAUGAAACCAAUAUGGAAAGUAUUCUUUCGCAUGUACCGGCAAGUAAAGGCAAAGGUCUCCUAAUUGAACUUUCACCACAUAUCUCUCAUGAAUCACCAAUCACAAGCACAACAACGACAAAAGCCGUUCGUGAUACACAUAAGUUGGUGACAGGUUCUGAUUCGGGCAUUUUUGAGUACUCAACAGCAACAAGUCAACAACCACCUGCAGCUUCUUCGUCAUCAUGGCGUAACAAUGUUUCAGUCUCAGUCAAUGAUGAUGCGAAUCGUUCACAAACAGUUCGCGACAGUGGUGUCUAUCUUGACUCAACAGCUACGACAGCUGGCAGUCAACGCUUUGGUCGACGACAACCUUCUGAUACUGAUCAAACAACAAUUCACGGCGGAGAUGAUUCAGUUUCACGCUCAACAUUCCGAUAUGAAACUGAAAUCAUUUCCACUGAUCAGUUGAAUCAACGUCAACCACCACCACCACGUAACGUUCGUCCAACAACUCGUUCACCAAUACCAGAUUACGAAACAAUUGCUAACUACCAUAGUGGAACGGGUUCUCAACGCCGAGUUCCAGUUACAACCGAAUCGCGUACUAUUCGACCAAAACCAUUAAUUGUCGAUGAAAUUGAAACGAUAGAAACAGAAACACGUGUCGAAUGUCAAGUACAACGUACACAUGAAAUCAAAGAGUCAACCACAAAAACCGAGCGAUCAAGCAGUCCGGGGGCAGCGAAAAAGAUCAUUACUACAACAACAACUACGACAACAACAACUGCUGCACCCACGAUCCGCUCACCAGAAAGUUUAUCGGAUGAAAUCAUCCGUACAACAACACCGUCAAAACGAGUCCUACUCAAUGAACGACCUCAAUAUUAUGAUUCGAAUAAAAACUAUGAUUCACCUAUUGCUAUUCGUUCACGACCUGAAUCAACCUAUACACCAACAAAAGAAGUUCGCCAACAAACUCAAACCUAUCGUGAAAGUGGUAUUCAUGAACAUCGUUUGGACUCUCCUCAGUCGGAUGUUAUCUCCUAUCCCUUACCACCCUCGUCAUUCAUACAACAAGGCGAAUCCGGACGUGUGGAAGAAACUUGGUUUAAACCAAUUCAACAUGAUCGUUCACAGGAUAGUCAACGUCAAAGUCCAUCGUCUCGAUCAAACAUUCGUACAUUGAGUGCUGGUCCACGUGCCGUUGAAGUAACCUCAUUGAGUCCACAGAAUCAAGUCACAUUCGGUAAAUACUCUCCAAAUCAAAUUAUUGCCAUUGUUCGUGUACCUGAACUGUCCAAUGGCAACAAUAAUGCUCGACCUAGUCCACCGAUACGACAUGGAACAAGCGAACCUGAACUGUACGUGCGAGCCAAACAAGAAGCAGCAGAAGAACAGCAGCAACAACAGCAACGCUCACGUUUACAAUAUCAACGUGUUCAAGCAAGCAGUUAUCGUCCACCAUCGAUCACUCAAGAAUAUCAACAAAGGCAAAGUCGAUCACGCACUGGUCCGUAUGAAAUUACAAAUGAAUAUUCAUCUCCAGUAGGAGCCCAUACACGUUCGUCAUCAUACCAUUCAGCUUUACACGAUCAAGACGGUCAACAGCAACAAGAUCGCGAUGAAUACCCACAUUCUUCUCAGUCCGGAGCAGCGUAUCGUCGUCAAACACAACGUCGUAGUGGCAGUCUGGGUACUCUUCUCGGACCAAAUAUUGAAUUUGAAAUUGAGAUCGAAAAACGUCCACCACAACAACCGGAACAACCAACUGUAGUUUCACUCGAUCAACCUACACGAGCCAUUGUCACCUCAUCAAAAGAUGGCCGAGUGUCUAUUCGAAAUGUCGCUGCACGUCCAGGAAAUACACUUGUGAUCAAUAGUGAUUUUCAUGCAUCCGAUCGCUCAUUGAAUCGUUCAUCUGGCUACUUUAGUUCGGAAGAAUUGCGUUCCCAAGGUCUGAAUACAAAUUACUCGAGCGAUGAACAAUCAAGUGGUGCUGGUGCCAAUCAGAAUCAACAUUCUCAAUCAUCCAACACACCAUCGUCGAUGCACACACGACGUUACAAAAACAAUGAGCAAGGUUUUUCAAAGCUUCCAUCACACUAUCGUCCAAAACAACAGAAUCAUUAUCAACAGUUAAAUACUGAAAAUUUCGAUCAGGUUAAUCGUAUUGUUAAUCGUUAUUCACGACAAUCAAAUACCGCAGCUGGUUUCAACGACGCUAUUGAUCAAAUCGAUGCACUCUACAAUAAUCUUGAUGUUCAAACCAAUGAAGAUUAUAUUAUGGGAAGCAAUCCAGCAACAACAACUCCUCCAUCGACAUACGAUUUCUCCCAGCCAACAUCCGUAACCAACCGUCGUAAAUACUUAUCACAAAAUGCUAAUGAUUAUUCGAAACGUUAUUCCUCAACUGGCUUUCAACAUGUUCCAGCUCAACACGAACAAGAGAUCAUCACAAGUAAUACAAAUUCACGUCAUCUUGUUUCUCCGCCAACAACAUUCAGUUCGGAAAAACGUCAUUAUGAUACACAUCGUGCACUGAGUGAUAACGAAAACUUGAACAGUGUCAAUGAACACAAUCGUCGAUGGGGUUCAACAUCAUUAAAUGAUCUUGUUAUGGCAACACCAAUACGACCUUCUCAAUCAUUAUCAUCAUCAGGUAUCUUAGCUGACUAUGCUACACCUGGCUCUGUCAGUCCAAAUUCCGGUUUUGGAUCAACGCAAAAUGUUAUCCUGCAACAAAAUCGUUUGAAUGCACAAUCACAAAUCGUGCAACGUAAUCGAACGUCAGUCAAACAAAUGAAACAAAAGAGUGCAGCAAAGAAACGAACGGGAAGCAAUCAGGGGCAAUAUAGCGAUGAAGAAGAUGAUAAUGAUUCUCUUGGUGAUCAUGAUUCACCACUGUCGGAUACUGGCCGUCCACAACCACCAACUCGAUCAUCUAAUCGUCAACAAUAA